AUGGCGGCCAAGGAUCUUGAAGGGCCCCUUAAUAAAACUAUUUCGAAAACUAUGGCGGUGGCACCAAGUAUCUUGAAGGCCCGCCCCCCUGGGUCUCUUCCCAGUUGCCUCCACCAUCAUUCCUCCACCCCUCUUUACAGUCAUUGCCGGAGACGUGAUAUUACGGCGCCGGGAGUGAAUGGCCUUGCUGCAUAUAGUGAAGCAACAUCACCCACAGGUGUUCCUUACGACAAGCGCUAUGUGCCUUAUAAUUUUGAUUCCGGAACAUCAAUGGCAAGCCCCCAUGUCUCUGGCAUGGUGGGCUUAUUCAAAAGAGCUCAUCCAGCAGCUAUUAAGCCAGCAAUUAGUAAGGCGAUGCAAGCUGACAACAAGAAGGAAUCGAUGCUCAACGCCUCUCUGGUAAAGGCAACGCCAUUUGGCUAUGGAGCAGGACGUGUUCAUGCAAACAGGGUCACAGAUCCAGGCUUGGUUUACGACAUCGGCAUUAAGGAUUAUCUUAGAUUCUUGUGUGCCAUCGAUUAUGACAGAUUUUGUUGCUCACAUCACCAACAAGACAUACAACUGUCCCUCCGAGACGCCCAAGAUACCAUCUCACGAACAGUUAAGAAUGUGGGCGGCGCUCCGGCCACUUGCACCGUUCGAGUCCGAUCAUCUCCCGGAAUUUUCGUAUCUGUAGAGCCAAAAAGUUUGGAGUUGGGGGCAAUCGGCGAAGAAAGGAAGUUUCAGGUUGCUGCACAAGUGCAGAGAGGAGCUAAAGAUGGAUACGCACUAGGUUUGUUAGUCUGGUCUGAUGGUCGACACCAUGUCCGCAGCACCAUUCUGGUGAAGGUGGGGAUAAGCUGA